AUGUCAGAAAGAUUGAAUGUCACACUGGACUCUGAUGUUCCUGAGCCAAUCCCUUCAUCUACUUUGGUAGAAAAUACCCGUUACACACCAGAGAGUCAAGCGGCGGCUAUUAGAAGUGUUUAUCCAGUCAUAAGACCUGCUCAACAGGAGAUAUAUCGGUCAAAGGGGGAUCUUUCGGGAAAGACGAAGAAGACUAUCUCUAGACCUUGUUCAAAGAAAACAGCACCUCCCAGCGCCGUCUCUACAAGGCCGCCUUUCCCGUCGAGAACAGGUAGCUACCCGCGCCCACCCCAAGAUGACGGUGUCUCUGAGACUUCGACACUUGCUCCUCAGUCUGAAGGUGGAGAUCCGGACGAUGAUUCUUGGGUCAAAAUCGGCAACUUGAGCUCCGGUCAUGACCAACGUAAGUUCUCCGAAGACGGAGAGAUGAAGAAGAGUUAUCUGGAAUAG